UCGUUAUCACUGUAGAUAUCGCGACUAUAAAAAGACCCGUCUAGUCUUACCGCCCUGUAAUCAUGAUCGCCGCGCUCGUCGCUGUUCUUCUUCUCGUUGGCUGUGUGGAGGGGGGCCAGAAAUGCUCGGGCAGUCCCCGGAGGUACAAUGGUAAGUUGUGUGGCUCUACAACCAACUACCAUGACUCCUUCAAAGGAGCGUGUGGGUGUGGUCACGGCAACACGCCCUUCCGUUGGAACCAGGACCAUUACGUAGCCGCGGCCAGUCAGAUGUUUUUCGACUCUGGACGCAAGACGUGGUGUGGAUCUAAGUGUGGACAUUGCGUCAAAUUGACCACUACAGGUGGGUUUGUGGACGGACAUGGAAAAUCAACUGGUGAAGGCCAAUCAAAGGUCUUCAUGGUGACAAACCUUUGCCCGGCGGUGUCUCCAAAUAUGGCUUGGUGUGCUCAGCCAACUCCCCCGUGGGAAGGUGGUCAGAACACAUUCGGUUAUGCCUACCAUUUUGACCUAGAGAAUGGCGGUGGUCAGGUUAGCCGACUUGGCUGGGAUAAUCCUGAAGUUACAGUCGACGAAAUUGACUGUAACCAUCACGAGGGAAUGACCCCUAAUGACGGCUUUUACAGGCAGUGUGAAUGUCCUAAAGUAGGCCCCUAAUUCUACCUAUCUCAUCUACAAUUAAUACCAUCCAUCAACAGCUGUUUAACCAAUAAACAGUUGAAACGUA